AUGUUCUCUCGACCAACAACUCUCAUUGCCGCUGUGGUGGCCAUUCUCUUUGCUCAGACAUCGCUUUCCGCUGUGGUGUACAGGGCUCCUUCGGAUCUCAUCGACGCAGAUCACGGACUCGACGCUCGUUCGGAGACCUUUAACACCACUCAGCUCUUAGAGGCCCGAAAGGGACGAGGAGGAGCAGGCGACAUCAUUGGCGAAGCCAUAACCGGCAUCAUCACUGGUAUCCAAGACGGUAUAAACAAGGAUAAAGCGGCGCGGAGCAGGUUUACGCAGGACCUCGUCGGUAAACUACAUGCCCAACAUCCCAAUUUCAACUGGAUUGCUUGCCACACCAAACAUGACACCAAGUUUGAUGGCAAGCGGGGCGUGGACUGGGACCACAGGCAUCAAGAGUUCGAUGUCAAAAUCGGAGGAACAGUGGGGUAUGAGAUUUACAACGCCAAAUCAGGGAAGUUUUUCCGUAAGGGCGACGGGGGUUAUCUGAAUUGGGCAUACAUUGGCAAAGUUCUCAAGACGGAAAACAAGGGGAAAGACAUCACGUUUGGUAAACCAUAG